AUGGGAGAAUCGGGAGUGCACACAGCCAAACGCACAGAAGUGUAUACCACUGCGGACCACUCCCCACCAAAGGCAAAGGUCUUGUUUAUUUGUGGCGUUUCUCGUCUCUCAUACCCAAAAUACGAACAGCCUGGAUAUAUCGUAUCUCUUCUGGAGUCGGAUUCAGAAUCGAUGGUGUUCUCAGUGGCUUCGGAUAGAUAUUGCUUGACGGAGGAGGAAGAAUCCGGCUUCAAUGAAAUUCGAAAGCGUUUACUCGAACCCGGUAAUCAGAAAUCGUUCUUUACGAACAACGGGUGGAAGUAUGUUGUCCACCACAAAGUGAAUGUCACACAAAUUUACACUUCGACCAACACAGAGUACAAUCUAGGAUUUUACAACGCUACCGCUACCAUGGAGCAGGGACUUGACAUUGUCCGUCGUUUUAAGCUAUCAGAUCCGCACGAUUCAUACGUUAACCUCAUCUAUGAUAACGGAGAUGAAUGCGCAACUACAGGAAGACCUAGAACGACGAAUGUUCAUCUGGUGUGUCCUUCGUUUAGCGUGCUCACGGAUAUUGCAAUCGAGACGAAGCACUGUCAUUACGAAAUCUACACGAGCGCUGCGUGGGUUUGUUCUUUACCUUGGAUGAAAAAUACGAAGCGUGCCACAUGUGAUGUUAUUUGCUAUGAUAUAUCUGAUGAUAUUUCUGCAUAG